AUGAAGGUCAUCAUUGCUGGCGCGACUGGGUUCGUGGGACAAGAGGUCCUUUCACAGUGCCUGGCCCAUCCCUCUAUCACUUCUAUUGUUGCCCUGUGCCGCCGUGAACUGCCCACCACACAUCCCAAACUCCAUGUCCACCGCAUGGAAGACGAAGAUUUUCUCUCCUACUCAGAUCCCCAACUCUCUGCCUCUCUCCGAGGCGCAGACGCUUGUAUUUGGACGCUAGGCGUUACUCCCUCGCGCGCUUCCGAUGAACAGGCCUUCCGGCGGGUGACACUGGAGUAUACCAGCCAGGCUGCCAAGGCCUUCUACAAUGCCUUUACUGCUUCAAAUGAGGCAGGGCACGAAGCCUCUGCAAGUCCAAAAUUUCGUUUCGUGUAUGUCAGCGGCGGUUUGGCUGAGCGAGACCAGUCAGAACCUCUGUGGUUCUUUGCGGGCUAUCGUCGUGUGAGGGGUCAAGCUGAGAAUAUCCUGCUGGAGCACGAAGCUGCUCACUCCACCACAUUUGAGUCGUACAUUAUGCGCCCGGGCUUGGUGCUGACUCGCCAGGGAACAUUUGCCGACUGCAUCCGUGGUCUGGCACCCUCAGUGCGGGUGGACGUGUUGGCGCGGGGAGCGAUUGAUCUCGCCGUUCAGGGACAUUCGGAGAAGAUCUGGGAGAACGCCCAGAUUGCUGAGUGGAAGGGUGUUCGUGGUCGACAUAGUUGA